UAUAUAAAGAUCAUUAGAUGUUCAUCAUAGCAUAACUUAAAACUCGAGUAAUUUUAAUCGUUUUAUUCUUAAAACAAUGGCGAAGGUAGCAGCUUCAUCUUGCCUUCUUUCAUAUCUCCUUGUAUUGUUCUUGAGUUCAGUCUCAGCAGUCACAGAUGAAGAUAAACAGGUUUAUAUUGUCUACAUGGGCUCCCUUUCAUCUCGAGCGGACUACACACCAACGUCCGAUCACAUGAGUAUUCUUCAAGAGGUCACCGGAGAAAGUUCGAUCGAAGGACGUUUGGUGAGAAGUUACAAGAGAAGUUUUAAUGGUUUCGCGGCCAGGCUCACCGGGUCAGAACGGGAGCGUGUAGCCAAUAUGGAUGGUGUUGUGUCUGUGUUCCCAAACAAGGUGUUACAACUCCAAACGACAUCGUCUUGGGACUUCAUGGGGCUAAAGGAGGGAGAAAGAACAAAGAGGAACCCUACCGUGGAGAGUGAUACCAUUAUCGGAGUUAUCGACAGUGGAAUCACGCCGGAAUCUCAGAGCUUUUCCGACGAAGGCUUUGGUCCGCCUCCUAAGAAAUGGAAAGGUGUUUGUUCCCGUGGUGAAAACUUCACAUGCAACAACAAGUUGAUAGGGGCAAGAGACUACACAAGCGAAGGCGCUAGGGACACAGAAGGCCACGGUACACACACGGCCUCUACCGCGGCUGGAAACGCAGUAGUGGAUACAAGCUUCUUUGGAAUCGGCAACGGAACCGCAAGAGGUGGCGUUCCGGCCUCUAGAAUCGCCGCUUACAAAGUCUGCACCGAGACAGGAUGUAGCUCGGAUGCUCUAUUGUCUGCGUUUGAUGACGCGAUCGCUGAUGGUGUAGACCUCAUCACCAUCUCUAUAGGGGAUAAAUCUGCGCCCAUGUUCGAACGUGACCCGAUCGCUAUUGGGGCUUUUCACGCAAGGGCCAAAGGGAUUCUCACUGUGAAUUCUGGGGGUAACAGCGGUCCAGACCCGACCUCAGUGUCGAGUGUAGCGCCAUGGAUCUUGACCGUUGCAGCCAGUACCACGAAUCGUGGGUUUGUCACCAAAGUGGUUCUCGGAAACGGCAAGACACUUGUCGGUAAGUCAGUGAACGCUUUCGAUAUGAAAGGAAAGAAGUACCCUCUUGUGUACGGAAAAUCUGCGGCUUCCUCUAACUGCGACGCAGCAGCAGCAGGGCUUUGUCAGGAAGCGUGUCUAGACGAAUCCCGUGUGAAUGGGAAGAUCUUAGUGUGCGGUGGUCCAGGUGGUUUGAAGAUAGCUGAAUCAGUUGGAGCUUCCGGACUCAUUUUCAAAACCCCUAAACCAGACGUCGCCUUCAUCCACCCUUUACCUGCAUCUGGUUUACAAGCAGAAGACUUUGAGUCUCUCGUCACUUACCUUGAGUCCACAGAUUCUCCACAAGCAACUGUUCUAAAAACUGAAGCCAUCUUCAAUCGGACAUCCCCUGUUAGUGCUUCUUUCUCUUCUCGUGGUCCCAACACCAUCGCUGCUGAUAUUCUCAAGCCGGAUAUAACAGCGCCGGGAGUGGAGAUCCUUGCUGCAUAUUCACCUGAUGGUCUUCUGUCUGAACAUGACACCAGACAUGUGAAGUACUCUGUUAUGUCCGGAACUUCAAUGUCUUGUCCUCACGUUGCAGGUGUGGCUGCGUAUGUUAAAACUUUUAACCCUAAGUGGUCUCCUUCCAUGAUUCAAUCUGCCAUCAUGACAACUGCUUGGCCGGUGAAUGCUACUGGAACUGGCAUCGCAUCGACUGAGUUUGCUUAUGGAGCUGGACAUGUCGACCCGAUAGCGGCUGUAAAUCCUGGACUCGUCUAUGAAUUGAACAAAGAAGACCUCAUCGGGUUUCUCUGCGGCAUGAAUUACACUACGAGUGUCCUGAAAGUACUCUCCGGUGAAGCCGUCAAUUGCUCAGAAACAAAAGCUAUCUUACCAAGAAACCUCAACUAUCCUUCAAUGUCGGCUAAGUUGGCGGGAAAUGAUACCACCUUCACUGUGACUUUCAACAGAACUUUGACUAACGUCGGCACACCUAAUUCUAAGUACACAUCAAAGGUAGUGGCGGGCCACGGAUCUGAACUCAGCGUCAAGGUCACGCCUAGUGUUCUGUCUUUUAAGGCUGUGAAUGAGAAGCAAUCUUUUAUGGUCACUGUUACAGGCAACGAUCUCAACUCUGAACUGCCUUCGUCUGCUAACCUAAUCUGGUCUGACGGUAUCCAUAACGUGAGAAGUCCCAUCGUCAUUUACACUUAUGACGAGUACUGAUGAGUCGUCAUCAUCAUCAUCAUAAAAGAAACCUUUAUUGUUCUUGUUAUGUUUCCUUUUUUUCUAUGUUUUUUACUUUUAGUUGAUCUCAUUGCACUAUUAUGUCUCGGCUUCCUAUAUGUAUGUUGAUGUCUUGGGAUAUGCAUAUUGGAUAAUCCAGAUACUGUGUUUUGUUUUCCUUGAUUUCUUGUUCUAAUCAAAUUUGCAAUGUGGAAGUGAUUA